UGGUGGAUCUGCUCUGAGGACUCCGGGAGCGGCUUCGUUAAAGUGACAUCUUGGACCUUCUGCUGGACUUUAAUCUUAAAGGGGACGCGUCCUGCCAGGACCGGGCUCAGCGGGUGGACAGCUCCGUUGGUGCUUUAGCCAAGUGCCCCAGUAGCCGGCACUGAACCUGCUUUUGCCCCCUCCGUUCCAGACCCCUCUGCCCCUUUCUCUGCUACUCGGGGUCGGUCAGACCCAAGCCCGGCUCCCCGAUGCUGAACAUGAGUGCGGAGCAGGACCAGGCUCGGGAUGCCCCCUGCAGCCCCGCGGGCACCGGCAGCUCCCUGUCUCACGUGUCGGACUCGGACUCGGACUCGCCCCUGUCUCCUGCCGGCUCGGAGGGCCGAGGAUCGCACAGACCCCCCAUGUCCAAGAACGACUCGGAGGGGCCCAUGGACGAGCGCUUCCCGGCCUGCAUCCGCGAUGCCGUGUCCCAGGUGCUGAAGGGCUACGACUGGAGCCUGGUGCCCAUGCCGGCCCGCGGCUCCGGCUCCCUGAAAGCCAAGCCCCACGUCAAGAGACCCAUGAACGCCUUCAUGGUGUGGGCGCAGGCUGCCCGGAGGAAGCUGGCGGAUCAGUACCCCCAUCUGCACAACGCGGAGCUCAGCAAGACCCUGGGCAAGCUCUGGAGAUUGUUGAGUGAAAGCGAGAAGCGUCCCUUUGUGGAAGAAGCCGAGAGACUGCGAGUUCAGCACAAGAAAGAUCACCCCGAUUACAAGUACCAGCCCCGGAGACGGAAGAGCGUGAAAGCUGGACAGAGCGACUCGGACUCCGGGGCCGAACUCGGUCAUCAGAUGUACAAGUCCGACUCCGGAAUGGGCGCCAUAGGAGAUCUUCACGGGGAGCACACAGGUCAAACCCACGGACCUCCGACUCCACCAACCACGCCGAAAACGGACCUGCACCACGGCGGCAAACAGGAACUUAAACACGAAGGGAGAAGGAUGAUGGACAACGGGCGCCAGAACAUUGAUUUCAGCAAUGUGGAUAUCAACGAACUGAGCAGCGAUGUCAUCAACAACAUAGAGACUUUUGACGUGCACGAAUUCGACCAGUACCUCCCACUCAACGGCCAUGGGGCGAUUCCAGCUGACCACGGGCAGAACCCGACAGCAGCUUCCUAUGCGACAUCCUAUAAUCACCCAGGUGGCACCACGCAAGCUCCCGUUUGGUCUCAUAAGAAUCCGGCCACAUCCACCUCUUCCAAUGAGUCAGGCCAGCAGAGACCUCACAUUAAGACUGAGCAGUUGAGUCCUAGUCAUUAUAGUGACCAGUCCCAUGGUUCACCAACUCAUUCUGACUACAACUCCUAUAGUGCCCAGGCUUGCACCACUACUGUUCCCAGUGCCUCAAUGUCUAGCUCUUUUCCCAGCUCCCAGUGUGACUACACAGACCUCCAAAGCUCCAGCUACUACAACCCAUACCCUGGUUAUCCUUCCAGUCUCUACCAGUACCCAUACUUCCAUUCCUCUCGACGUCCCUAUGCCACCCCGAUCCUCAAUAGCUUGUCCAUCCCACCAUCUCACAGUCCCAACUCCAAUUGGGAUCAGCCUGUCUACACAACGCUGACCAGGCCUUAAAGAGUCUUCAUUCUUUGGACGGAGGACUUAAGGACGUUGUUGUGUCUCUGGUUCUUGAAAACUUCUGGGAACGUAUGCACUAUAGACUGACUGUAAAGACGGGAGGCGCAGUGCCAGUUUCUUACAAGUGCCUGCUGAUAAACCGAGGAGCUUUUCCUUCGUCGCCGAUGGGGCGAGACUUCAGAAUUCUCCAGGAAACACACACGAAAAUUAAAAAUAACUCAACACCUUACAUUUUUUUUUUAAAGGGACUUUGAGAUCAUGUAAGAUGAACCAUGGGCUUCCGUUUCUCAUGAGAAGACUGAAUGUUUCUGUGCAUAAUAAGGAGGUGUCCAAAAGAUUUGAAGUUUACGACAACGUGUCAUACAAAUAGACCAGCCAUUCCGAAUGUGCUGUGACCAAUUAACCCAGUUCUAACCAAUCUCUCACGUUGUGUAGGUGGAAUGAUCGGUGUAGGACAGUGCUGGGUCAUCAGUUGUCCCCUUGGGACUGUUUACUACUACAGUUUCUCUGGUAGUUCUUUGGAGGCAUUAUUCAUUAUUCACCAGACGCCUGUAGAAGGUCCUAACCCACUUGGACGUUCUUCAUGAACUACUUCCUGGCCUUUCGAUGACUUCCUUUGUUCAUCUCUCCGACCAUAAGUGGAUUCUAGAAAGAAGACCUCAAAAAACAAAAAAAAAACCCUAGUGUUUCUUUGCGUCUCAGGCCUUGGUGAUCAUGAAAAAUCAAUUUCCGUGGAAUUUUUUGUUAUUUUUUUGUUUUUAAAUAAUUUUUUUGGCUGUAAUUAACAUGUUUAUUUUUUUUUGUUUUGUUUUGUUUCAAACUUUCUUAUAGUUCCGAGAUCUUUUAAAUAUAUAUAAAAAAAAUAUAUUUAUGUGCCGUAUUAUAAGUGAUUAAAUACUUUAUUUGUAUAAAAAAAA